UCACUUCCGGUGGAGCUUCUUGUCGGUUUCCUAACGUUCCUCUUUUCACCGUGUUUGUAGCAGAAAAUCUUCAGCUGGGUUGCCGAUAGUGCUGGUGGAUAGGUGUUUUAAUGUGGGUUCAUUAUUUAAAACAAUACUAGUUAGUUAGAAAUCUGUAUGUUUUAGAAUAGUCGGAGUAGGUGCUCAGUCAUUGGGACGUGCUGUCUACAUGGUGAGUUGGAUCAGGUGCUGAUACAAAGACAUUGAAGGGCUUUUUUCCAUCGACACGGUGCCGGAAUGAGCUUUUUCGGUUUUGGUCAAAGUGCUGAAAUCGACAUAGUUUUGAAUGACGCCGAAACGCGGAAGAAAGUAGAACACAAGAGCGAAGAUGGAAAAAAAGAUAAGUACUUCUUAUUUUACGACGGAGAGACGGUUUCUGGCAAAGUCAACAUCACGCUCAAAAACCCGGGCAAAAGACUCGAGCACCAGGGCAUCAAGAUUGAGUUUAUAGGGCAGAUAGAGUUGUACUAUGACCGAGGGAACCAUCAUGAGUUUGUAUCUCUGGUGAAGGACUUGGCUCGGCCGGGUGAGAUGAGCCAGUCUCAGACAUUUGAUUUUGAGUUCACACAUGUGGAGAAACCAUACGAGUCGUACACAGGCCAGAACGUCAAACUCCGCUAUUUCCUCCGAGCAACUGUGAGCAAAAGACUAAAUGACAUCAGCAAAGAGAUGGACAUUGUUGUGCACACGCUCAGCACAUAUCCAGAGCUGAACUCCUCUAUUAAGAUGGAAGUUGGGAUUGAGGACUGCCUGCACAUCGAGUUUGAAUACAACAAGUCCAAGUACCAUCUCAAAGAUGUGAUAGUUGGGAAAAUCUAUUUCCUUUUGGUGCGGAUUAAAAUCAAGCAUAUGGAGAUCGACAUCAUCAAGAGGGAGACGACAGGAACAGGGCCCAAUGUUUACCAUGAAAAUGACACCAUUGCAAAGUAUGAAAUCAUGGAUGGAGCACCAGUCCGAGGUGAAUCAAUUCCAAUCCGACUCUUCUUGGCCGGCUAUGAAAUGACACCCACAAUGAGAGACAUCAACAAAAAGUUCUCUGUUCGCUAUUACCUCAACCUGGUGCUCAUUGAUGAAGAAGAGCGGCGUUACUUCAAACAACAGGAGAUCACGUUAUGGAGGAAGGGGGACAUUGUGAGGAAGAGCAUGUCCCAUCAAGCUGCCAUCGCCUCACAGCGCUUUGAGGGCUCAGCUAGUGCAGAGAAAGCCAUCGCUCAGGCAAAGGAGGAGGAAAACUAACAACCUGCAAAAGAAGUCUCACCUCCGAGUGAAAACUUGUAGGGUUGUGUGCGUGUGUGUCUGCGUGUGUGUGCUUGUUCAAACACACUUGUUUUGAAUGUAUACAUAAGGGGGUGCAGCUAAGGCAUGAUGUUUUUUUCCAUUUUUAAACAUUACAUUCUGUGAUCAACAAAAAAAGCUUGAAAAUAGCCUUUUAAGAAGCGAUGUGUUCAGCGGGGAAAGGUUCAAUGUUUUUGUUCGUAGUUCGUGUACAUUGCGUUCAUUUGUUGUUUGAUUGGCAGUUAAAAAAACAAAUCGUGAAUUACGAUGCCUUCAUCCUUUUUAUUAAUUUUAUAUUGAAAGCAGAAAAUUGACUUAUUUUCUCUGUGUUUAAUCCCACAAAGUGUAGUGAUCAUAAUCUCACAUUUACCAAAUAUGAUCAAUGCACACAAUAGAAAAAAAGGUUCAUAAUACUUUCAGUGUUAUAAUCCUAACCUGAAAGUAAAAGGGAAUCUCAUUGGUGGUCUUUUCUCAGGAAGAAAUGUCCACUCUGGAGCCAUUUGCACAAAUGAUCAAUAACAUGAGACAAACUAGAACAACAUGCUCAGAAGGCACAGACAGUGUAGUAGAACGUGGGUAGGGUGGGACAGGCCGGUGUAGAGCAGGGGGGGAUGUUCUUCAAUGAUUGUCCGAGGGUUUUAUUUGCACAGUUACUGUUGUAAGAAGAGCUCAUGUGUUGGACUCCCAUUUACUGUCACUCUGUUGUUACUUUUGAAAAGCAUGCAGUGAUCCAUAUGAACUUCACAGUUCGUGGAUGAAACCACCAAUGGAUUAUGCGCUGGUAGUUGAUCAGUUUUUUACUUUUACUUUGUUUGGGAGUACUACAAAACCAAAUAACUUCCGAAUUCUUGUCCCGAAACUAUAAAUGAGACUUAUUGUAAAUAUUUAACAUUUUGAAACAUCGAUAUUUCAUCAUUUUCAUCGUUUUUCAUUUUCCAAAACCGAAAAAAAAUUUUGAAUGCAGCAUACACAGACCUGUUAUAGAGUCUCAUUUGCCAAUAUGUUAUCAAUUCAACAAUGAUCAUGUUACUUUUUUUAAUCAUGAUACCCACUAUUUAGCAACUAUCCCAGAUAAAAUAUCUUUUAACAUUAGGUUUUUACAAACUUUGCAUAUAGUUAGGUCUUUUUAAUGUCAGUCAUUCACGUGCUUAUCUGUUUGUUGUGCUGUCCUGUUUAAGCACUUUGAGUUGGAAGCUGAAUUUUAGUUCCCCAAAAGGGAUAAUGUAGCCAUUAACAGGACCAAACUAAAUUUAUUUGUGAAUUUAUUAUUUUUUUUAAUAAAAACAUCAGUGCUGACACGUUGCGGUUGCAAGCUCAGUGUUGAGAUCAGGCCGAUACUUCUGAGGAAGCAUCUCGUCAAUCACCAUUAUUAGAUCUGAUUUUGUAGACAUGCCCUGUCGUCAUUCGGUGUUCCAUAUCGUGCUGUAAAUUUGAUGCCAGAAUUUGUUAGGCUUUAAUGGAAUCAUGUAUUGUUAUUUUUUUUUUGUGCCUAAUUUCGAUUAUGCUGAUUUUACACUUUCUGCAGUAUUGGAAAAUAGAUCUCUUUUGCUUAACAAACUCGUAACUGUUGACUAACUCGUACAAAAAUAUUCGAUUAUAACAAAUAUAACUUAGCAGGAUAAUUUCUUUUAUUAUUUUGGAAAGGUUAUUCAAGUGUUAAUGUGCACAAUAGAUUAGCAUUUCCAUUUAAAUGCAGUUACAAAAUAGUCUGGACUUCCAGUGUAGUACUGUAACUGUUCAAAUCUUCAACCUUUAUAAUCAUUCCUAAAUGUGACAUUUUGCAAGCAUAUUUUUUUCUUUUAAGCAGCAGAGAUAUCUUAUGUCCCAGGUGUGCCAAGUUGGCAGAUAUUUUUCUUGUUUUCUGGAAAAAGGGACCAUUGAGUUGAGUGUCCGAUAACUUCCUACACAGAUGAAGACUACUUUGCAGUGUGUGAGUGCGUAUGUGGAAUCGGUUUAUGAAUCUUUGGUUAAAAUUCCCAGGAAGUUUUUUUUGAGAGGAAAGAGAAAAAAAAAAAAACCAAGGUUCUCAGAUGUUGUCAAAAGCAGUGCUUCAUUUGGUUUUGUGUGGAAGCUGUGAUUUGGAAACCAGCUUCAGAUGGUUCUUGUUUUCAAAAAACAAGAGGAGGAAAACGAUCUCCUGCACUGCUUGCCGUUCUAACGUCCUAAUCCUUUAUCAUUAUAAGAAAUGUUAAACAAAAAAGUUCACAGUUCUAUAAUAGAUUUAUGUAUGUACAAAAUUUAUUUACAGAUAUAAGAAAGUCUAUAUAUGUUUCCAAAAAGACGUCUUUUAGAAACCAAGCUUUUAAGGUACACGCAGGAUGUGCGUAAAGGGAUCUUUUACCAUGCAGUACACACGCUGCUGUCACUGCUUGUAUUUCGUGCUCUGUAAAUGAAAAUGUGUUUUUACUCAGAUUUCCCUGAUUAAAAGAACCCUCUGAAGUUUU